AUGGCCAAAAAACUGUUAUCUUUUCUCAAAUGUCCGCCAACCCAGAACAUCAGCAUUCAGGUAACGGAUCCCGAAAAGAUAUGCGGCUGCAUAAAACAACUUCACCAGAACAACGACCUACUGAGGGACAUAUACGAUGCAUAUUCUGGUAUGGUAAAGGUCGGCGAGGUUAAAUUGCGAGAGACAGAUGAUACACUGACAAAGAUGGGUGUGGUGUUGACUAAUUUUGACUCUUCUCUCAAAAGAUGGGGAGGUCAUCUCCAAAGAGACGCAGAACAACUUCGUGAAAAAGAGCAACGCUUAGAACGAUUGAAAAAAGAAGUUGAAUUUGACAGGAAGUGGCUUGUAGAAAAGAGAGACGAAGUUCCGUUGAAGUGGCAAGAUCACGACUACCAGAAAGCAAUGAGGGUCCAGAAAAUUAAAGAUUGUCGAGCAGAGCAAAGUUUGCUAGAAAUGAAGAGGAAACUUGCAGACGAACAAAUAGAAAAGGUGUUGGAAAAUAUUGAAGAGGCAGAGGGAAAGUAUGACAGUGUUGAGAGGUUACGAGGAAACCAUAGUCGGGCUCACAAGGCUGACCUUCAGAAUCUAAUUGCUGAUUGGGAGGAGAGUAGAGAGAAACGUGAUAUCCUGCAGUCUCUCGAUAUUGAUCCUAAAACGUUGAUUUCGUCUCUGGGCUACAAAGAGGACUGGAGAGCUAAAGAUAAAGAGUUGUCUGAACUACGAAAUGAACACGACAUGUUGCGUGAAAACGUUCAGGAUCAGCAAGAUCGAAAAGACAUGCUGAGAUUGCGCAAUGAAGAACUAAGGAAACGAAUUUUGCAUAAUGAAGUUGUUUUACAAAACCUGAGGGAUGAAGCGAAGGAAGAGCACUGGAACAGGGAAAGCCCUUACCACAAACACGAUGAUAAACACGAAUCCUCCCAAAAACACGGCAGGAGUGGCGCAUCACACCGGCAUCACGACAAGGAUGGGUCAUCUCAUAGGCACUCCCAUCGGCAUCACGAUCACGGUACAUCUCACCACAGACACCAUAGCCAUGGGAAAUCUCAUAAGGACCAUGAAAUCGGUACUUCACACAAGUACGGCAGCAGGGCUAGUUCUCCUCCGAGGCACGGGAGCAGGGAAGGAUCGCCUCCUAGGCACCAAGGUCACAAGGAAGGCACAUCACAACGGCAUGAUAAUCCAACCUCUCAUAGGAGUAGAGGCCGAGAUCUGUCUCCACAAAGGCAUGCGAAUAGAGAUGUGUCGCCUCCCAGACACGAUAAAAGGGACGGAUCUCCACCUCAUAGGCAUCUCAGCAGAGACCAUGGAAACAAGGAUGGAUCCCAUGGAAACAAAGACGGGACUCAUGGAAACAGAGAUGGGUCUCAUGGAAACAGGAAUGGACCCCAUGGAAACAGAGAAGGGUCCCCUCCCCGAUAUCAGGACCAUUAUGGUACAUUAACUAUGCCUGACAAUAGAGUACUCUCCCCCAGAAACAGGGAUGGGUCUCCUCCGAGGCAAGGGAACACGGAUGGAUCUCUUCCGAAACAAGAAGAUAGGGGUGUAUCUCAUGGAAGCAGAGAAAGGUCUCCUCCACGGCAUGAUAAUAGAGGUUUGACUCGAGGAAACGUCGAGGGACCUCCUACUUCACGUCAAGAGCAUUACAAGGAUGGCACAGCAAACAGACGUGGGAGUAGAGCAACUUCCCUUAAACACGGAAAUAUGGAUGGGUCUUCGAAUAUCGGCAUAGAUACGGAUGGUUUCACUGGAUCCGAAACCAGGGAUGGAAGCUAUCUCCAAGAACAACUUAGCACAAGUCAGUUCGGCAGUCAGACGAUUGUUGGACACCAGUCUUCCACUGAGGACUUCACCCAGUUAUAA